ACAGCUUCUAACCGGUUCUUUAUUUCACGGGAAAGUGGGACACAUGCUGAGAAAAGUACACGUGCUCGUGCUCUGGCCACAAAUGUACAACCGAACUUGGAUGCAGAUAAAGUUUUUAUGUUGAACCUUUCUCCAGGUUCAUUUAGAUUGCGCGCCUCGAUGCGCGCCUCCUGUCAUUACCCCUUACAAGCCUACGGUGGCCAACGCACACUUCUCAGAAGUCAAAGUUAAGCUGCAUUGAAGAGAAACUUCAUCAGCGCGCAAACGCAUCCGCGCGCGCUCCAGCGUCAGCGGGAUGUAACACAUCAUAAAUAUUUAUGUAACCUCUUCGUAUUACAAACCGAUGGCCGAAUGUGAAGAGAAAGGGUGAUAGGAAGGCUGUCUCCUCCUCUGAGGUGUGGUUUCCAGAACCCCUCAAAACAAGGAGGUGAGCGAUGCUGAGCGUGCGAAUGUAUUCAGUAGAAGAGCGAGUGAUCAGCCUGGUUUAUCCGGCACGAGCGGGUCAGCGGAGCGCGCUCUGCGAUCGAGAUCAACAUUCAACUGCACAGUUCUCUGUGUUAAGUCAGUGCUGAGAAUGGGUGCUUUAAAGGCUGAGAGUGCCUUAGAUGGUGGAUGGGGGUGGAUCAUUGUUUUGGCCUCUUUCAUGGCGCAGUUGCUAUCUUUUGGAUCGCCCCAGUCUGUCGGGGUGCUGUACCCUGAGUGGCUGAUCGCCUUUCAGGAAGGAAAAGGCAUGACAGCUUGGGUCGGAUCCAUGGUUUCUGGGGUGGCUCUCAUCACCAGUCCAGUGUGCAGUGCCUGUGUGGAAAAUUUUGGUGCCCGACCGGUAACCGUGUUCAGUGGUGUAAUGGUGGCGGGGGGUCUGAUGUUGAGUGCAUUUGCCCCAAAUGUCUCUUUCCUCAUCUUCUCCUAUGGCAUCGUUGUCGGUAUGGGGUGUGGACUUGUCUACGCUGCCACAUUGACCAUAACCUGCCAGUAUUUUGAGAAGAGGCGUGGCCUAGCUUUGGGCCUCGUCACCACAGGUACAAGUGUGGGCGGAUUCAUUUAUGCUACAGUCCAGAAUGAGCUCAUUGACUUAUUUGGAUUGGAAGGCUGCCUGCUUAUCAUCGGGGCGUUGGCGCUAAACCUGAUGGCGUGCGCUAUCCCUAUGCGACCUUUGAACCUGCCUGCUUACUAUUUGAAACAAAAAGCUGCACUACAGCGUACAGAGGAACCGCUCUACACCAAGCCUACUGCCAUUAUCAUUGACUUGGGCAACAUCAAAACCACACCCGGCUCGGCCGAUAACACAACCGCCUUGAAGGUGUUGGUCCCCAUGGAACUAAAGGUCCUGCAAAACACUGAGGGCAACACCAGGGGUGGGCUGCUGUCCUGUUCAAUAGUAGCACGAGUCGUUAAAAAAUGGAUGCGCCCCUACGGACAGUACCUGUGCGAUGCUGUAGAGCUCCUUCAGGACCGUGUCUUUGUGUCUUUCUGCAUUGCCAUGUUCCUGUUCAGCUUAGGGGCCUUUCCACCUGUUCUCUUUAUGGAGGACGUUGCCCAGAGCGAGGGCCUUAUUGACGGUAUUGCACUUAUACCCCUCGUCUCCAUUGUUGCCUUUACAACAGGCAUCGGUAAGAUGGUGCUAGGCAUCCUGGCUGACAUGCGAUGGGUGAACAGUCUGUUCCUGUACACCCUCACACUGAUGGGCGCAGGCGUGGCUCUGCUGCUCAUCCCUUUGUCUAAAAGCUACCUUGGACUGCAGGUGCUGUCGGCCAUGGUUGGGUUUUUCUCUGGGAAUUGGUCUCUCACAUCUUACAUCACUACUACGAUCGUGGGCAUUGAGAGACUCAGUCAGGCUCAUGGCAUUCUCAUGUGUUUCGCAGGGUUUGGAAUCAUGCUCGGACCACCUGUCGUAGGUUGGUUCUUUGACUGGACUCAAUCAUACGACUUGGCAUUCUACUUCAGUGGCACUUGCGUUGUCGUGUCUAGCUUAUUUUUGUUUCUUGCCACUCUGCCUUGCUGGAAGAAGAUGAGGGAGAAGGAAAAUUCACCAGCAGAGGAGGAUGUCAACAAUUCGCAACAACAGCACUCUUCUGAAUGUGACAAAGUAGCCUCUGUGGCUUAAAAAGUACAGUAUUUAACCAAAACUGACCCUUGCCUUAACAUUUUCUAGAAUGUGUACAGUCAAGCUCUGCUUAAAGGUUUUCCCCUGGCUUCCAGUUCAUACUAGUUUUCUUGGAUUCACCGCAUGCCAGGGGAGUCUUCACAGUUUAGUAAGUCUUGAAGACCAAUGCAGUUGUUGUUUGGUUUCUACAAAGCCUGUCAUAUUUUGAAUGGAUACGGUAUACUUUUUGUGUUAGAUGCCUUUAAAGACUGCCUCAUUUUUGAGGCUAUACAUGUAUGCAAUACCUUUAGCAGAAAAUAUUUUCUAAUAGUUUAUUAAGUUGAAUGUUUACUGACAUCGAUGCUCUUUAGGCCUUGUUUUGAUUUACUCUCUGAGAUGUCAGUUUGACGCACAUGAACUCCAAUAACCUGUGACAUACACAAGCUUCCAUGAAGAACAACUGGUGUGGAGAAUCCUGGAAGUUUUGAAUCGAUGUUUUUCACUGCACUUACCUAUAUCCAAAGAUUUCCUUCGUUAUUCCUGGGAAGCUUGAGAAGGACUUGAAGCAAUGAAUUUAAUGCAUCAAAGACUGGAUAUUAUUUUUCUUGUAACCUCUUUUUUACGCACAAGUCCAAACCGGACGAAUAUGUUUUUCCAAGUUUGCAACCAACUUAAUUUAUCUGGCAAUGAAAAGGCCUUUCUUUUAAACAUAAACAUCAGUUGUAUUUAUAUUGGUUUUAUUUGAUUAAGGCAAUCAUUAUGUUCUGCAUCUCUUAACUGUUUGUAGUUUUAACAACUUUUCUUUACUAGAAUAUGACGAAGAGAAAGAAGAGUUAGAUACUGUGACUGCAAUAUACUGUGUGUGUGGUGUCUUGUACAGUCUAUUUUUGACAGGCUGGUCCCUGACACGCUAUCUUUUAUUAUUUGAAAUCUAAUUGUUAUCUUUUUAUAUGUUAGUUCUUGUCUGUCUUUUAUUAUGUGUAAACAUUUUCAAAGGAAUGUCUUGUAAAGGCCACUAACCUUUUUUCUUUGACCAAAGAAAAGAGUCUUUAUGACGUUUUGUCAAGCAGCACGAUAACAGUUUUUACUUUACGCUCGCUAGCUGACGUGACUGUACUUUUUUAAAAACUAUUUUGUAAAGUACUGUUUGUUCAUUUUAAGUAGGAAUAUAAAGAAUUAUUACUAUGAUCCACAAUUCAUCCUAAUCCUGUUACUUUUUACUUGCCGCUGAGUGUGUAA